AUGGACAUGGAGAUCAGGAACCUGAAAUGCGACCGAACGAUCAGUGAAGUCGACCUUCCAGCUGGACGCAAGACUGUGAAGUCCAAGUGGGUAUUUAAGCGCAAAACGCAUCUUGAUGGAAGUCUGGACAACUUUGAGGCUCGUAUUGUGGCAAAGGGAUUCAGUCAGAGACCAGGUGAAUACUUCUACGCAACGCUCAGUCCCGUUGUAUGA